AUGUUUGAUUCCAUCCCUGAGUCUUCCAAUCUGAUGCCGCACAGAGCCGCCAUCUCUGAGGCACCCAGUGACCCAGUUUUCUUAGACGAUCUGGGAGACCUGGGGCAGCAGGACUUCUCUCCUGAUGUCAUGACCCCACCACGGUCCAACCCCAGUUCAAGUGACGUUUCUUUAGAGAGCAGGUGUCCUACGUGGCUACAGCAGCAGGUAAAUCUAAGGUGUCCUACGUGGCUACAGCAGGAGCUGGAAGAAGCUGAUUUCAUCCCCAUUCCCACCCCUCCAUCUCAAGUGUGUGACCCUGUAACUUCACCAAGUGGAGAGUCCAUUCAGGACUUAAAUCCAUCCAAACCAGCUGACCUAAAAUUGUACAUUCCAAAUACCGAGACAGAAACUGUAAAGAUGUUAUUGGAACGUAUAGCAAAACUGGAACUAGAAAACACAGAACUUAAAAAAGUUGUAAGGGAGCAAGAAGCAAUUAUUAAAAAGUUGGGUGGUCAGAAUUCAUGAUGUCGCAUGGUAGUUGCAUCUGCUGCUGACCGACUGAACAAGUUGUGAUAGAAGCAAUUAUUCAAGAGUUGGGUGGUCAGAAUUCAUGAUGCCGCAUGGUGUGUGCAUCUCUUGCUGAGAGACUGAACAAGUUGUGAUGUGGUCUGCCAAGUUAAUGGGACACACCUUUUCAGAUAUUGGCUGUCUUUAAAGAUGUAAGAACAUAAGUUGAGAGGUACUUAAGAACUGGUGGUCUCUGGGUAGAAUCUGUUGGUGGAAUCUGGGUAGAAUCUGCUGGUGGAAUCUGGGUAGAAUCUUUUGGUGGAAUCUGGUAGUGGUCUCUGGGUA